CUGUCUUGACUAUUUUGUUCAGUAUGGCCCGACCCAGCCCAGGAAGAUCCCUCCAUCUCAUAUCCUCGUUUGAGCAUUUCAUCGAACACCUGUCCAUCUCCGUCUUUCCACAGCUAUACGUGGCGUGAAAUUAUAGCUCUCCAAGCCCACGCUUCAACUACUAAACUGCCCGAUGCCGCCACCAUAAGGUAUAACGUAUACCUUCUUCUCCAACCAAAAACCUUAAUCUUCUGAUAGUGAAAACGGCGCGCAAAUGCACCGUUUCAAGGUAAUUCCGUACACUUACCGCAACCUCCGCCGCCACCAAACCCACAUCGAUCAACCAGUGGCUUCCCUCCUCAAGUCACGGUCCGUAAUCCGGUUCAGUGGCCCUGACACCAUCAAAUUUCUUCAGGGUCUGUUGACUAACGACGUAAGGAGAUUUGAGGAACCAGUGGGCGAUGAAACCACAUACUUGGUUGCGCCCAAUGUGCCCACUCGGUACACUCCCCCAAUGUACGCUGCGCUUCUGACUCCGCAAGGCAGGUUUUUGUACGAUUUGUUUCUUUAUAGACCACCAAGGCCACAGGAGAAGCUCGACCGAACUGGGUCAGGACCCGGGUCCGACCAGAAUGGGACGUUCGAGUUGUUUGCGGAUGUGGAUUCCUCAGUUCUUGAUGAGCUCUUGCAGACUUUUAAGAGAUAUCGGUUGAGGUCUAAAGUUGAGAUUGAAAAUGUGGCAGAGGAUUUCUCUUGCUGGCAGCGUUAUGGUGGAGUCCUAUCUGGAAAGUCUUCAUCUGCAGAAGAACCAAAGGCAGCUAGUGUUGGCUGGAGUGCUGAGGUUGAUCUGCCUGCCAUGGCAGAAUCACAUGGAGAUGAGAUUGGAUGGCAAUGGUUUAAAGAUCCCAGGUUGGAUUGUCUUGGUUUGAGGGGGAUCUUCAAAUCCGGUACAACUCCACCUCUAGUAGAGGCUGACAAAGAAACAGACGAAGGGAAUUACUUCCUAUGGAGAUUUGAGACGGGAGUGGCGGAAGGCUCAAAUGAGAUCCCCAAAGGAGUAGCGAUGCCCCUGGAAUAUAACUUGGCAGGUCUGAAUGCAAUAAGCUUUGACAAAGGUUGCUAUGUGGGUCAAGAACUAAUCGCUCGUACACACCACAGAGGGGUCAUUCGAAAACGCGUGCUUCCUUUAAGAUUUCUUGAUGAUAGUGGAAAAGUGGAUCAGAAAGUUGCUCCUGACUCAGAUGUUAUAGAUAAUUCGUCUGGCAAGAAGAUUGGAACUGUGACAGCUGCUCUUGGUAGCCGAGGACUGGGUCUUUUGCGGUUGGAUGAAGCACUGAAAGUGUCAAGUUCAUUGACCAUACAAGGACAGGAUGGUCUGAAGGUUAAGGCCAUCAGACCAGGAUGGUGGCCUCCCGAGUGGUAUGAAGAGCAUCAACAGCAUAGUGCAGUUGCCUAAUGUUUAUUAAGAAUCAACAUUUACCUUAGAAAUUUUGGCUAGCCCUUGUGCUGGGAGAUGUCCCAGAAGGUUAAAUCUUGUAUCAAUAUUAUAAGUCUUGUAGCUUGCUGACAUUUAUUUAUCAAAAGAAACAAGAGGUGGAGGAUGUUUAUACA